CUAGCCUCGAAAGAACUCCACGCUGCAUUCCAAUUAUUAAUCGAAUCACCUGAUCAGCGGGGCUUAGUGUGCACCAUUGCGAACGAAGCCCUUACCCCAGUAGCGGUACUGGAGCCGGCCACUUCCUUUAACGAUGAUCUAGCCCUUCUCACGCCACAUGUCCAGGCUACCGUCGCCAGGUAUUUUAUUUUGCGGCUUCCCGAGCCGACCACUAGUGCGCCAUUCGUCGCUAUCACUUACGUACCCGAUGCGGCGCCAGUGCGCUCCAAGAUGCUCUUUGCCGCGACGCGACUCGCGCUUGUGCGCGAGCUCGGCAGCGAGAAAUUCAAGGAAACGCGCUUCGCUACAUCCGCUGAUGAACUCACACCAGAUGGCUUUCAGAAAUACGAUCAGCAUGUGAAGCUCGCGCCGCCCUUGAGCGAGAUGGAGAAGAGUCUUGCUGCAGUCAAGCGCUCCGAGGCUGAGAGUCGCGGCUCCCGCGUGCGACAGAGUCCUGUCGGCGCCGCCGUCCCCAUAUCCGCCUCGACUGCUGCUCUCCAAGUCUUGCAGCGGCUUGCUGAAAGCGGUACCAACGAAAAUUUUGUUCAGUUGUAUAUCGACCUGCCUUCAGAAACCAUGGAUCUCGACUCUGUCAGCAACAUAUCUAUUAUGGCUCUCGCUUCUAGCAUAUGUAGUACUGCGCCUCGCUACUCUCUUUUCAGAUACACUCACACCCACGAAGGAGUCACCUCCUCUCCUAUUCUCUUCAUCUACACAUGCCCUCCCUCGUCCAAGAUUAAGGAGCGUAUGGUCUAUGCGGCAUUCUUGCACUCAGCACAGCUCUUGGCUGAGGAAGCGGGUCUUGUCAUUCAAAAAAAAAUCGAAGAGGGUGACCCCAGUGAGAUCUCCGAAGAGAGUAUCCAUGCGGACCUGCACCCGCCGGUAGAAAUCAAAAAGGGCUUUGAGAGACCCAGAAGGCCAGGUGCCAGUAAGCUCGCUAGAUAG